AUGGCUUCAACCAGCAAGACUGUGGGGUCGGGACUAGAAUUUCCAGGCAAACAUGUUUAUGUACGCUCCACCAAUGAAGACACCGAGGCUCCUGAGCACCAAGCCCGCGUCCAAAGCUGGAUCCAAGACUAUGAAAAAAGUCGCCAAGUUUUCGUAUUUCCAACACAGACUGUACGCACGUUCGCAACUUUGCUCCUCGUCCUCGGAUCGCUGUCUCUCAUAGUCCAGAUUGCUUCGUCUUCGUUGCGCUAUGCAUUCGCACCCAGUCUUCUUGGCUCUGGGAUCUGGAUUGGCCUCUUCUGCGUUGCCACGGGAGCCGUUGGUUGGGUUGCUUCUAUGAGGCUGAGUACCUCAAUGCUACUAGAUUUUAACAUUAUGGCCUUGAUUUCCACCGCCCUUUCGGCCAUUAUCGUCGUUCUCAACAGCAUUGGACUGGAAAUGUACACCAAAUUGUGUUACAAAUCGAUGAUACCGACGCAAGAGAAUCUGAUUACCAGCGAUAAAAAUGGUACGGAUGUGAGUGCCGGAAGACAGGCGUCUAACGCCCUUAACUGGGUCGGAGAUUGCGAUCAAGCAUCUUUUAUCCUUAUGGGCAUUGUCGUUUUUCUUCACGUACUUCUUUUCCUGACAUCGGCCAGCUGCACUUCUUACAUCUGUCGUGCCCUUAACUCGUCCUACAGCGUCCGUGUAAGUCCGACCCAGGCCCCACCACUCGUUAUCUAUCAUAGCGACACUGUCGAAGUAGGCAAGAGUGGACCGGGUUCCACUACAGCUACAACAAGUACAGUACCUACUGGAACUGCUGGAGGUGCCGGAGCUGCAGCUGAAAGAAUGAUGGAAAGGCUGCAUCAUGUUGGAUUGGAACGAGGUCACGAACACCACGGUGGAGGCUUCAACACCCCUGCCGUCCCCUAAUAAAAUAAUAAUGUAGCUUUACUACCUGAAUCGUCCAUUUCAUUUCAACUCGUUAGAUGAUUGUUUGGUUGUCGCUAGAAGAUGUCAAUAAAAGUCGGUAACUUUA